AUGAAUAAAAGUAAUAAUAUAAAUAAUAAUAAAAAUUAUAGUUAUAUAAAUAAUAGAGAUAAUGAAUAUUUAUUUAAAAAAAUAAUUAAAAAUGUAUAUUUAUGGAGUUUAAUAUCCAAAUAUUUAAAAAUUUAUAAUAUUUUUUAUAAAUGUAGAAAAAUAAAUGUAUCAGAUUUAGUAAAUAAAGAAACUAUAGAGUUUUAUAAUGAUGUGGAGCUAAUAAUACAAGAUGAUAUAGAUUUAGAAAAAAUUACACCAGUAAAUAUAGAGUCUAUGACAUUGGACCUAUCGGAAUUUAGAAGUCAGAAAUCAUCGAUCUCCAUACCAAGCUCCGUCAAAUCUUUAGGAAUCUUAAAUAACAAUGCUCAAAGAACGAAUAACAGAGACUUUACAGAUAUUUUAUCAUUUUUAUCAAAUUUAAAAAUAGAAACACUAUCAAUAUCAAGUAAAUACAACAACACAUUAAUUCAAAUCAACCCAAAUUUUUUCCCAAGCUCAUUAACUGAACUAGAUCUGUCAUGCUUUGGCCUAGAAAUAAAGAAAGGAACCUUACCCAACACACUAAGGAAAUUAACAUUUUCUAAAGCAAAAAAUAAUAGUAUUGAAAAAGGAUCAUUACCACCCAGUUUAAAAGAAUUAAUUGUAAACGAAUACAGCUCAAAAUUAACUCAAAACUCAAUGAUCAAAUUAAAUAUUGACCGCUUUCAAACUAUAUUUCCAAUCGAGAGUGGAUAUUUACCAGAUGGCUUAGAGGUAUUGAAAUUAAAUAACAACUUUUAUGAUGACUCUUUCAACAUUCACAAGUUUUUCAUCUUUCCAAGCAAUCUUCAGUAUUUAGAAAUUAAACUUAAAAGUUUUAAUUUUAAACUACCCUCAUCUUUGAAAACCCUAAUAAUGGAAAUGGACAAUGACAACCUAGAAAUCUCCAGCGAAAUGAUACCCUAUGGUCUCACUUCAUUAGAAUGCAACUUUUCAACUUUAAAAGAUUCAGAUGGUAUUUCAAUAUUCCCAGACACAUUAACAUCAUUGGUUUUCAAAAACAAACUAUUUAACGAGAGAUUAGAGCCUUCAAAUCUACCACAAAACUUACUCUAUUUAGAGUUUACCUAUCCAUCUAUAUUUGACAAUGGUUCUUUCAGCUUAUCCAAUCCCAAAACAUUCCCACCAUCUCUUACCUAUAUAGACUUUGGUAACUUUUUCAAUCAAACCAUAGGUGCAAAUGUACUACCCCCAUUUUUAAACACCCUUAUAUUUGGAGACUUUUAUGAUCAAGAAAUAGGUAUCAAUGUUCUUCCAUCUAGUUUAAAGAUCCUAAAAAUAGGCUACAACUUUUACCAAGAUAUUUUAACAGACUCUAUUCCAUUUAAUUUAGAAUUACUUGAAAUUAGAAAUAGAAACUAUAAAAAACCAAUUAAAUUAAAAAACAGAUACACACUGGUAGACCUAUACAACUAUUAUAAGCAAUUUGAACAAUGCCCAGAAGAGCUCUACGUAUACAAAGUACCAUACAACAACUACAACACAUUAGUGGUACUAUCAUUAAAAAAUAAAAUAAAUUUAGAGUAUCUAGAUCUAAAGGAACAGAAAUAUUACCAAUAUAAUAUCGAAGAUGAUCUCCCAAUAACAUCUAUUAAAACACUAGUAUUAGGUAUCAAUUUUCAACAGACUAUAGAUUUAGAGCAAUUCAAUAACCUAGAAACUAUUUAUAUUAAUGACUCCAAUCCAAAAAUCAAUACAACCAUUUACACCUCCAACAUUGAUAAUAAUGUAAAUUAUAAUUUCUUUAAUUUAAAAUCAAUAAUAGUACCUGCCACCAAUUUAAAAUUUUUAGAUAACAUUGACAAAAUAUUUUACCAAUAUAUUACCCUAACUAAAUAA